AUGGAUAACGAGUUACAAGCGCUGCUAACCUUGCUGUCCAUUCUCGCGGCUGUCGUGCAGUUAAACUCGGCCUUCUGUAACGCUGCCGCUGCCUACGUGCGCAGGAGGCAACUCAUCGUCCAAGCGAUAUGCGACAAUCCCCGCAUUCAGCGGCGUCGUCAGCCGCGCAAGAGGCGCCGGUUUUGGGUGAAGCCGGGAAGAACCAGCGCCUGGUGGGAUAAUUUCGUCAAUGAAGUCGUGGUACCCGAGGAAUGGCGGGAAAACUUCCGAAUGUCCAGAUCGACUCUGAUCGACCUCGGCGAGAGGCUGCGCCCGCACGUCGAGGGAGCGACGACCACCAUGAGGGCGCCCGUGGCCGUGCUCACCAAGGUAGCGUGCACGCUGUAUUACCUGAGCGACGAGGGAAGUCUCCGGAAAACCGCUAAUGCGUUCGGGCUUUCCCGACAAGUUGUGUCAGUCAUCAUCCGACAAGUCUGCAAGGCCAUCACCGUCUUCCUGGGUCCGGACUACGUCAGAACUCCGAGAACGGAGCCCGAGGUGAGGGAGCUCGUCGCCAGCUUCUACCAGGCGCACGGCAUGCCGCAGUGCUUGGGGGCGAUUGACUGCACGCACGUCGAGGUAAAACAACCCCCGGCUAAACCCGCAUACUACAUCAACCGGAAGGGGAAACACUCUCUGAACGUGCAAGCGUUGUGUGACUACAAGCACUGCUUCAUGGACGUGGUUGUGGAAUGGCCGGGUGGGGUGGACGACGCGCGCGUGUUUGCCAACUCCAAACUGAACGAUGACCUAAAAGAUGGGACGAUCCCCCCCUGCCCCAGACAGCUGGUGGAGGGCGAAGAUGCCGUCCCCGUGUUUCUUCUGGGCGACCCAGCGUAUCCCCUGAUGCCGUACCUCAUGAACGAACACCCCGAUGGCGGGGUUACCCCGCAGGAGCAGUAUUACGGGCGGUCGCUUUGCAAGGCUCGCAGGGUGAUCGCGUCUUCGCUCGGACGUCUGAAGGCACGGUUUGCGGUUUUGAGGAGGGUGAUGGACAUAAACAUGGAGGACCUUCCUUAUGUCGUCUAUGCUUGUUUUGUUCUGCACAACUAUUGUGAGGUUCACAAAGAAACUGUAAGCGAGCAAAGCGUAAAUGCUGCUCUGCAGUACGACAGGGACUUCCAGCCACCCGGCAGAGCUGCUAGUGUGGGAACAGACAAGGACCGAACCGAGGGGGAACGAGUGAGGCGGGUGUUGACCAAAUUUCUUGACUCAUAG